AUGGCGUGCUUCGAUGAUUCGACCUUGAAGGUUCUCGACGAACCCGCCAUCAUCGUUUUUAUCCAUGGCUUUAAUGGACACCCAGAGCGAACCUGGAGGCACAAGGGCGAUGCCGACAAUCUGAUUGAAGAUCAAGGGGAUGGGCGACCUCGAAAAUUCCAAAAGAUACUUGAUUCCGUGAAGAUCUCCCGCGAUCGCAAGUCCGUCUAUUGGCCUAAGGAUCUAUUACCCCAUACUGUUCCUCACGCACGAAUACUAGCAUAUGGCUACGACACUCGCUUCGGACAUCGACUCAGUCCUCCGAGGAGUCAGAAGUCGGUCUAUGAUUUUGCCAAGGACUUCUUGAUGGCAUUGGAAGCCGUACGUCGGUGUCAGCCUACCAGACCCCUCUUGUUCAUUGCCCACAGUCUUGGAGGAGUCGUUGUCAAGGAGAUGCUCCGACAGUCAUAUGGCUACCUCAACUACCAUCCUCAUCUUCGAACCAUAUCUGAGUCAACUCUGGGUAUCGUCUUCUUCGGAACUCCACACGGCGGGGCUGAUCCGCGCGGGCUUUUAAGGUCCAUUGCCGAAAAUGUCGCUCGAGCGUUUGGUUUCACAGCGAACGAAACUGUCCUGGAGAGCUUGCUCCCUUCUUCGGAACGUCUGAAGCAACUACGGGACGAGUUUGGUCCAAUGGCCCGCGCAGAGGGAUGGAAGAUACACUGCUUCCAAGAAGAUCACGGUAUCAAGGCUCUCAAUGGAAGGAAGGUUGUUGAAGAUCCAUCUCCUUGCUUGCCUGAUUCGAGGUUGGAAAUCACCCAGCAUAUCGCAAACGAUCACAUGGAUAUGUGUCGCUUUAGCGGACUCCAUGAUGCCGAAUAUGGGAAAGUCGCCGCAGCAAUCAGUCGAAUUCUUGAAAAUUCGAGCGACCAACCUUUCCACGCUAGUCAGACAACGCUCAGUAUCCGACAACGGCAAGCCUGUAUCAAAUCGCUCGGUUUCGAUCAGAUUGAUGGUCGUCAUGGGACAAUCAAAACAGCCCAUGCAAAAACCUGCAGAUGGCUGCUCAAAAAAUCUGGGUACUGCGACUGGCUCGCUGUCGAAAGACUCUCCGAGCACAAUGGUUUUCUGUGGAUCAAGGGAAAAGCGGGCACUGGCAAAUCUACAAUCAUGAAAUAUAUCUUUGCGAACGCCAAAAAAAUAAUGUCGGAGGCCACAGUUAUUUCAUUCUUUUUCAACGCUAGAGGGGGAGACCUGGAGAAUUCUACUGAAGGUAUGUAUCGGUCGUUGCUUCUACAACUGCUGGAGAGCCGUCCCGAGCUUGGAAGCAUUCUGAAUCUUCUUCCGCGGCUGUUACUGUCUGAGACAGGUGAAUUCGAGGUCCAAUGGCAGCUUGAGACCCUGAAAGACGCCUUUCAAGCCGCCAUCAGAUGUAUUGGAACCAAAAGCCUGGUCUGCUUUGUCGAUGCGUUAGAUGAGUGCCAUGAAGAUGACAUCCGAGACAUGGUGGCAUUCUUCGAGACUCUCAGCCAAGAAGCAGUGCAAUCAGGAACACAGCUCCAUAUAUGUUUCUCGAGUCGCCAUUACCCCUAUAUCGCCGUGGAUAAGUGCGUUGAACUCGUGUUGGAGGACCAGGAGGGCCAUCAAGAUGACUUGGAGCACUACGUCCGCACCGAACUCAAAAUCGGCGAGAGCCCGCGCAGCGAAAAGAUCAAAACGGCCGUCCUCCAGAGGGCUAAUGGUAUCUUUUUGUGGGUUGUGCUCGUCGUCCGGAUCCUGCAGAAAGAAGUUGACAGAGGACGGAUACAUACACUUGAGAAGCGGCUCAGGGAAAUUCCAGACGGCCUCGAUAAGUUGUUCGAAGAUAUCUUGACAAGAGACGGGAGAAAUAGCGACGAUCUUCUGCUCUGUCUACAAUGGAUCCUAUUCGCCAAACGACCGUUGAAACGUGAAGAACUAUAUUUCGCGAUCUUGGCCGGAAACGACCCUGACCAACUCACACCCAGGGAUCCAACCGACACAACGACAGAUGUCAUGGACCGAUUUAUUCUGAAUUGUUCCAAAGGCCUCGCGGAGCUGACAAGGACGAAGAUCCAGACAGUACAAUUCAUCCACGAAUCAGUUCGGGAUUAUCUUCUUAAAGGCGACGGACUCAUGCACCUUCAACAGCCUAUUGAGUCGGAUUUUCAAGGGCAGAGCCAUGAAAAACUGAAGCUGUGCUGUCAAAACUACUUGACGCUUCAACACCCAAGUCAUGUGCCUUUGCGCAGACAAGAUAGGGCUGACUCUAGACUGGAGGAUGAUGGAAUGAGCCUGCGCGAGGACUUGUGCGCGCAAUAUCCAUUCUUAAGCUACGCAGUGAACCACGUCUUCGAUCACGCAGAGGCGGCAGCAGAGAAGAAGGUCUCGCAAACAACCUUCACCAUGGAAUUCGACUUCGCAACUUGGACGCGUUACAACAACAUUUUUGAGAAGUACCACAUCCGACAAUAUACCCCAUCCGUGAGCCCUCUAUAUAUUUUCGCCGAGAAGAAUUUACCCCGACUCAUUCGCAUUCAGCUUCAACAAGUGCCUUCUAUGGACAUCAGAGGUGAGCGACACCAAUUUCCUCUGCGGGCUGCCAUAGCAGCAAAAAAUAAGGAAGCAGUCGAGGAAUUUCUGAUGUCAGCUAUUGAAAUCAGGAGUCCUGCGCAACCCGAUCUCGAUUCUAUUCUCACCCAAAUGAACAGAAGAAGACUCGAUUGUGCAGAGUUCUUGGUGCAGAAUUCAAAGGUUUUCAAUCUUGGGGAAGAGUCAAUACUCUUCUGGGCUGUCGCAAAAGGCCGGAUGGACCUCGUCGAAACGUUGCUAGCCACGGAAAAGGUCCAGUUGGACUGUCAGACAAAGAUCAAAAAUGGAUGCCGCCUACAGAUCUCUCUGAGUACCAGUGUGUUCCACCUGACCUCAAUAAGAGUAUCGUUGUAUACCAAUCAGCGUGAGUCUCUUGAUUCGACCCAAGUUGCAUUGGCAUCACGUCUGCUCCAAGUCCAUGUGAUACCCUGGGCAUUUGAGCAUGGAUAUGGACUUUUAAUCAGACAUUUGAUCUGGCAUCUGAUUUGCACGACCGGAAGGUCCACGGAAGUGAAGCCCCUGCGCAACGACGCCGAUUUGAUCGCCCUAAUCUCCCACAGCACCUGGGUCAAUUUAAAUUUCAGGGAUGCCCGUUUUCGGUCGCUUUUAUCAUAUGCUGCAGGAUACGGACUCCCAGGUCUCGUGAAGCACAUUAUUGAGCAUAAAAUCAACCGAUUGGAUGACAAAGAUGACGCCGGGCGCACUCCUCUUUACUAUGCUGUGAUGAACUGCCAAGUAGACACAGUACAGAUGCUUCUCCAAACAACAAACAUGACUGAUCUCAGCCCGCCAGGCGUCGGUCUGAAUUUGUCAGCAGAGCAUCAGGAGGUGAUUGAGUUAAUGCUGAAACAUGGAGUCAACCAUCACGGUGUCACCAUUGACCAUCAUCGCCCUCUUAACUGGGCAUGUUUAUACGGGCACGAAUCAAUGGUGAAAUUGCUGCUAGAGCGUGGGGAUGUCGACGUGAAUGAGAAAGACAACGACAAUGGCUACACUCCAUUACACGCCGCAGUGACCGGAGGGCACGAAGCAAUAUUUGGCAACACUCCAUUACACAAGGCAGUCCAAGAAGCGGAGGACUCGAUUGUAGGGUUACUCCUUGAGAAUGGGAAUGUCGAUGUGAAUACAAGAGACGGUGAUCACGACACUCCACUAUCCUCCGCGGUCAUCGGGCGGAGAGAAGCGGUUGUUGGCCUUCUGCUCGAACGAUCUGAUAUCAAAUUCGACCCAGUCGGUACGCUCUCCAUACCCAUAAAUGAAUAUGCAAGAUUGUGGGGCUAUAUGGAACUGACCCAGAUCUUGGAGCAGAAAAUGCGUCAACAGCAGGGUAGAUCGUGCUUUGAUCAGGGCGGUGUUCCAAACGGAUAG